CUGCUGCUGCUGCUGCUGCUGUCGCCGCGUGUGCGCGACAAAGUCGCGGGUGCUCGGAGGCCUCGUGCCCUGAACGGUGCCCGCGGCGCCCCGUCCUUAGUCGAACAUACUCGAAAUACAGUGUACCGUCAAACGCACCAGCAUCGACGGCCCGAGCGCCAGCUGCCUAUAUGACAAAAUGUCGGGGUCACAGCGAAUGCGAAAGUCCUCGCCAUGCUCGACGUCGAAGCAAGGCCCAAUGCGCGCGACUCUACCCGUGAGCUCGUUACUACGACAAGGCCGGCAGGGUAGCAGCCUUAGGAAGAGCAACAGCAACAGUCCCACCGUAUCACCGACGAACGCGAGUGCGUGGCGGGCCCGCAUCUCGCCGGAGACCUCUUCCUCGGGACAACGAAGCCCUGGUUCCCUCUCUUACAAAGCAAAAUCAAAAACAUUAAGUGGAAGAUGCAGCGAAAGUUUAAGUGGAAACCAAAAUAUUCGAAGGACAGCAUCACUAGAUACAAUCUAUUUGAAAGGACAAUGGCCUCGUGAUUCAUAUUACAUUCAUCCUAGUCUUCUAGUGGUUGAUAAAUCUACACAGAUUGCAACGUACAAAUAAGGAAGGCACCAGCAGUAGAGAACGGACAGCAGCAUUUGGACUUAUAAUGCCAGGUGGACCACCACCAGCUUUCCCCGCAGAUCAUACAGUUUUACCUAGCAUUGCCUCACAAACGUCUAUACACAAUCAAUUUAGUUUGAGUACAAAGGCAAGUCCUAUGAAUAUCCCUGUGAAACCAAUGAGGCCUCCAAUGCGUUCUUCUAUUGAAGGACUAAAUCAAGAAAUUGAAGGAUUGGUUCUAAAAUCUGCAACUAACCCUAGUGAUCCUGAUCAUCCAGUGGAAGACAAAUAUGCACGGUAUCGUGAACAAAUUACACCGGAAGGCCAUCGUGCACCAUUGGCAGAUCUACUGAGGGCUACUCGCAGUGUGAACACGCAAACACCAGCUACUGACCUUCCCUCCAGUUCUUAUUCUUCAGGUGGAAGUCGUGGUUCAACUCCUGAACAAGAUAGAGAAGGACGUCUUGGCACCUCUCCUCACAUUAAUAGGUUCCUUGCAAGAGAACCACCUGAUGGCUGUGAGAAAGUCAAUCUCAAAUUUGUAGAGGAUGCCAGGCGACCUAUGAUAGACUUGAGCAAACUAGACUAUUGCCCAAAGCCGUGUGUAGCAUUCCAGUUAAAACCUAGCUUGGGAUCAGCGUUCCUGCCAUUACAACAGCCAGCCAGUCCAACAAUGGUUGCCAGUACGUCUCCUUCACGUACAACACCAACUACACCUCCUCCAAAUCCAUAGUCCUGCUCUUUACCUUACAGAAUAAUGUUCACAGACCCAAUUGGUACAUAUAUAUAUAUAUUUUUUUUGAAUGACUUCAUGGGUAGAAAGUGGUUUACUUUGAUAUGAAAGCAUAUACCAACAAAGAAAAGUUACCGAAAAAGCAGCCUGUUUCCAGUGCGACCCAACGUUCGGGCAUCGUAAAUGUGUAAUUAAAAAGUUAUAUUUGCAUUGAUAUAAAAUAUUGAAAGCAUCUGAGCUCCGUUAAUGUUUCAAACAAUAAUAAAUACGAGGAACAAUAAUUUGUGAUAACUAAAAAAACGACAUUUAGGAAUGAACAUUGUGUUCUACAGGGAGAAAGACUAAUAAAAGUUGUGUAUUCUAAAUUUAGUGCUAAAAUGUGCUAAACAACUUUAGUUUUGUAUACAGGGAUAAAUAUUCAAAUGUCAAAGAGUAUUAAAUUUGAUUGUUGGAAAAAACAAAAUUAUACAGAUACAGAAUGGGUACAUGUGCCUGGAUAUGUACAUCGGUACUCCUUUAUUUUUCAUUAGAUUUUUAUAAUUGAAAUAAUUCAAUUGCAUACUAAAACAAACUCAUUAGAAUUUUUGUAUUGUUUUGUAUUAUUACUUAUAUGCUGAAAAUAUUCAAAUUGUUAUUAUACGAGGAGCUCGAAAAUAGUGUAUCCCUAUGGUACAUUAUUUUUUAGAAUCAUAUUCUCUUAGAAUUAUUCACGUACAUUCUUUACUCUUUCUUUUUAAGGUCGCGUAUGUAAGAUAAAGGCAUAAAUUAAUUGUCAUGAUAGUUUAUUUUGUAUUACGUGUAGUUUUGCAUAGCUUCUUUUUGUAGUAAUGUCUUCUAGGUGAUAAGUUUCUAUUUUUAAAGUAAAAUAAGCACUUUGUUCAAUUAUAGUGUUCAGUGUCAAUGAAAUAACUUAUGAAAAUUAAUCGGAAAAAUAUAUUCUAUUCUUUAAUAACUAUAUUACCAUAGGGCUACAAAAUUUUUUGUUUAAUUUGCGUUAUAUUAGUUUGCUAUCUGAAUAUGUACAACCAAUACAGCAUGCAAUGACAGGUUGACGGAUGUAUGAUAGAAUGAACCUAAUGAUAUAAGGUGGAAAUGUAACGAGUAAAAAUGACGAGUGGUAAAAUUAAACAUUGAUUGAAGUAACAAAUAACGACAUGUGCUUUAGCCAUAGCCAGAUGUGCAUACAAAUGGCUCCCUAACUUGGCACAGUAUGGGUGUGCGUGUAGGGUUUUGUAUAAACGUAGAUCAUAAUGAAAAAAUUUAUAAUCUGCGUUCUAUACAAAUAACAGUAUGCAUGUGUUGUAAUAUCAGAAUCCUGAUUAAACCAUCCACGAAUAACUUAUCGUAUUAUCGAAAUAUUGUAUGAAUAUUAUAAGUAUUCGGAGUACUCUGAAAUUUAAUUAUUUAAAUUUAUAGUAGUAUUUGUGUGUGUAUGUGUGUAUAUUUUAAAUAUAUUUUUAAUAAUUAGCAAUUAUUCAUUUCUCUAUUAAAUGUUUUUACAAUAAGAAUAAUCAAAGAAAUAUCAAAUAUUGUUAUAAAUAUCUUUGUAUAACAAACUAUUCACUCUAUAUAAAGAAAAAAUCAAGAGUUAUUCGUGCGAUGGUUUAACUUAUUAUUUAAUAUAUGCAGACAUAGCCACUCAAGAAGUUCAAUUUAUUUUUUGCUUUCUAAUGCAGAACGUUUUGCAAACGAUUUUAUAGUUAUGGUCUGAGGAAUAAGGAUCUUAAUAAAAUAUGAGAUCGAGAGCAGGGAAGAACAGUUUUUUAAAUACAAUAGUAAUAUACUUUCUAAUAUUAUUGUAUUUAGCUACAACAGUGAAGAAUGUUAACACAUAAAGUACCUGGCACACUGGUCUAUGCUCUCUUUUAUCCAGCUCACUAGAAAGUUCAUGCCUUAGAAUGCGUGGCAAAGUGUGCUAAAUAGACAGGAAGGUUAAUGAGAGAGUCAGGAUAAUAUACAAAAUGCACUGGCUAGUUAACAAGUAAUACAAUACAAACUAAUCUGCUAUCUACUAGCUUAAGAAGAUUUUCUUUUAUUUAUUUUCGCUAUGGACCUAACGACAUCUAUCCCAUUGCUAUAAGAAUACAUGAAUGUAAACGUUAAGUUUGCAGGCGCUCUACAAAAACAGAAAAGACAAAAUUUAUCGACCGCGUAUUUCAUCUAUUGGCAUAUUUUCACUUAAACAGAGGAGAAGAAAAAAUGUUUUAACGUAAAUACAUUAUAUUAAUCGUAGUAAAUAAAAAGUUUCAUACUACUUUUACUAAUAAGCAGAGAAAAAAAUUACUUUAGAAGAAAGCUAGCCUUAUUAUUUUUGACUACACUCAUGAGGCUCCACUUUUUAACCUUCAUGUACUUGCAUAAUGUGUUAUCAUUAUUGUUAGCUUUUGUUGUCAAUUUCAUAACAGAAGAAUGUGUGUAAAGACUGCUAAACUAAAGAUUACUUGUUAUUUGGAUAUACCUAAAUUUAAAGUUAAAUAAAAUUAGGCUCAAAUUUCUCCGAUUACCUAUGAAACAAUAUAGGUAUACUUUAAUUUGUUAACUAAAUGAUCCUUAUGUGACUACUGUUCGGUACAUUCUCUUUACAUAUCUAAAUCUGAGCAGGCUUCAGAAUGGCAAAAUGAUUAUGUCAAUUACAAAUUUAUUUAUCCCUAGGACUGUCCAGACGUAUCGUUGUAGUACAAUAACAAAACAAUAAAAUAACAAGAUAAUAAAAAAAAAACAUAAAGAUUUUUGAACGUAAUGAUUGUAACUUGUAAGAUGCUCAAAAUUAUGUAAAUUUUUUAACGUGUGAAAUUUGUAUACUCUGUAUAAAAAAGUAUACUCUGAGGAUUUUAUAUAUUUGGUAAAGGUAAACGCAGCUUUUACUCAUUGCUUUUUAAUAAAUAUGUAGAAUAUUAUUUAUGGUUUUUUAUUCUAAAGAAAUACAAAAGCCUUCAUUAUGUAGUUUUCUUAAAAAAACGUUUUCAUAUAUACAAAUUUUUGAAGAUUAUUUAAAAUUUUACGAGAUUGUUUAGAACAUCGUCAUAAAUUUUACAUUUUAAAAAAUUGAAUUAUUUUAUACUUUAAUUUGUAUGUUAUUGAAAAUUCGUUAUAAACAUCGUCUCUCUUUUCAAUUCAGUUGCACAACGUAACAUCGUUUUUUAAUAAAUGUAGUUUUGUAAAAUAAUUUUUUUUUUUUUUUUU